AUGAAUAUUAUAAAACAACUGAAAUUCAUUAAAAAAUCCUAUUGUUUUAAAAUGUUUGGUUCAUUCAGCUGUGACUUGUGACUGUGGUGUUUAGGGACUGACACCAAGUAAUGACGUGUUUCAGGUUUAAUUUUGUCCUAUGCUUCCUGCAAACAAGUCUUAAGGUGUGCAACAGUACGGGGUCUUUGUUGCAUUUUGCACUUUAAAAUGCACCAAACAUUCUCUAUUGGAGACAGGUCGGGACUGCAGACAGACCAAACAAAUACCUGUAUCAUCUUCCUCCACAGCCAGGACUUUGUGAUGUGUGUGCAGAAUGUGGUUUUGCAUUGUCUUGUUGAAACAUGCCUUGGUGCACCAUGAAAGAAGGCAGCAUAUUGUGCUUCAAAAUCUGAAAUCAUUUAUAACAUAACCCCAUACCAUGACAGACCCUGGCUUUUGGACUUGUUGCUGCUUGCAGUGUGGAUGAUGCUUAUCCUUUUUGAUCCGGAACACACAGCAUCCAUUUCUUUAUCUUCUUCAAUUCAUUACUUUCUUUUUAUUUGCGUUUUCCAUACUGUCCAAACAUUUUCUGAUUUGGGGUUUGUAAAUGUUUGAAAAUAGUUUGGAGUAAGUAACUUGUAUAUGAUUACAGUUGUGACAAAAAGGGUGACUAGCACAAAGUGAAAGGUCAAAUAUAGCAUGCCUUUUAACAUAAACACAAGGAAAUCACUUUCUAAGAGCUUCCUACAACAGCCUUAAGAUGCAACAGAAACUCAUUUGCCAACUGCAGACAGUAACUUGGUUUGGGCACAAGGUCAAUGCACUGGCUCUUUGGUCAUUAUAUAAUUCAUUCUUUUCAUUUUGUAUCUUUUUUUGUAUUGUAUGUCUUAUGGUACAUGACCUAUAAAUCAACUUCCCUGCCUUGCACGUGUUCAUAACCUCCUACACUGUGUGGUUUAAAUUAGAUCUCACCGCUUCUUCAGAGCACAAAGCGCAUGCUGUACAAAAGAGGUCUUGGUGCAGACAGCUUCAAGCAAAUGAGGUCUUGAGGACAUUGGUUUUAACCAUUUAAAGUUCCCCAGUUCAGCAACAUAGUGAAGGCCUGAAAAGAAAAGAGUGUUUGUGAUUGGCUGCUCUCUGAAAGAAUAGUCAUUUCUCUUGGGAGCAUCUGGAAAAAACGUACAAUUAAAUGAUAGGUUUUUAAGUUUCAGACUGCCUUCGUCAGAUGGGUUGAGCUUGUUUCUCACUUAAUUUAAAUGAAAGCUCCUCCUCAGAGAAUCAUCACUUCUUCUUUCACACCACUGUGAGGUUGAACCAUCAGUUCAUGAGAAAUACAAACGAGGAGGCACUUUCUGGCAUUUGAAAUGGUGAGACUUCAUAUUAUGUAAGCUUAAAAUGUAAAUGCGAAAAUGUUUUUAUGCUGCUAGUAAAUAGCUUGAAGUUCUCUGACAGUCAAAUGUGAAACCUGUUUUGCUCAAACUUGUGAAUCAUAAUCAUUCAGUAAUGUACAAAUGUGUGAUUUUUAAAAUCUUGAUAUGGAGCACUUUGCAGAGAGACUUUUAUAUUCUUGAAUACUUGAUGCUGGUUGGUUGAUCGUUUGUUAUCGGAAAUGUAAAAUAAGUUCUGACUGACUCUCAGCUUGCCGCUGUUUUCUUAUUUUUUCCAUAGUUUCAUCCAUUUUAUGUCAUCUAACUUUUCAUUUUGAUAAUCUUUAUUUAAAUUCAGAUCAAUACUUCAUGGCUAUUUGUCACUAGUUAGCUAUAGCCAUUAAUGCAGAACAGGCAAAAAUAAACUAUCGCUAUAUCUUUCUGUUCUCAAUAGAUAACAUCAGUGAGUAUCUUUGUGACUGCAUGCAAGUGGAUGCUCCUGUCUUUGUUUUCUGGUAAUGAUUAUGCAGUUUAAUCUUCAUACUGUGAUUCGGCAAUAAAGAUAUUUACUUCUUUAAUAUGAACUGCCUGCUUUUUUCAGCUGUUGUAGCUGGACAUACAUCUUUAACCAACACAUCAGUUCAAACUGUUCAUCGAGGAGCAUCAGUCAAUAUUAGCUGUAGAUACAAACCAUCAGAUGAAACUGUCAGUUUCGAUGUGAAACUAGAAAACAAUUAUAGCAAUUAUAUAUUGUGCUCGGUAAAGAUUAUGAACAAUUCAUUGAUUAGUCAAUCUUGUAAGUAUAAUGUUAGAUUAAUUUGGAUCCUUAAUGGCAUCUCAUUUGAGGUAUCAUAUCUGCAGAUAAAUGAUACUGGCACUUAUAAAUGUGUUCAGACCAGAACCAUUCCACCUCCUUCAGUUGUUUUGCGAGACGACAGAACAUUUGUUCAAGUGAUUGCUCGCCCCACUGUGUCUGUAUCACAAACAAGAGCAUUGGAUGGAUUUACAAUCCUUUGCAGCUCUGAAGAGUUUUAUCCUUCAGCUAUAGAACAGGUGUGGAUGAGAAAUGGAGAAUUUCAGAACAUUUCUCAGACACUGAACAUUAACAAAACCAACCCAGAUGGAUCCUUCACUCUCCAUUCAUAUCUGAAUACAUCUGACUGUGAAAACUACUCGUGUUGGGUGAACCACUCGACCUUAAGCCAACCAACAAGUCUUCAUGUGCUUCCUAAUUACUGUAACAAAGACCAAGUAGAUGUAUGGAUAGCUGUGGCGACCUCUGCAUUACUGAUUCUUGCCGUACUCAUUCUUACAGUUACCUGUGAGCGUUACAGAAGAGCGCAUCACCGGUCUCCUGUCCAAUCUGACACCCCUACCUAUGUGCAGAAUGAAAUCUAUUCAUCACUGGGUAAUCACCAUCCAGUUCCAUGCAGCCCGGUCAGACUCAAUGCCUCACAACAUCAAGGCUUUUCACUAUGAUCAAUAUAGUCCGGUUCAUUCACUACCCUAAGUUUCAUCCAACAGUUCAUUCUGGUUCUUGAUUCUGAUUGACUGAGAGGUCUUUCUGCCAAUGUGAUACAUUACCAGUAUUGUUACAGCAAAUAUUUCUAACAUAGUCAUUUCAUAGGACCAAAACCAGAAAUGUACAAAUAUUACUGUUGUUGUGUCACUGAAUGCAUUUUAAAGAGGCUAUAAUGUUGUUGUACAACAUGUAUGGCGAACUCCAGUCCAUUUGUAGUUUUUCAGCACUUAUGAAACCACAAAAACAGCUUUACUUUGGCCAGUUCUUCUGGAAUCAACUGCUGGCUCUGGUGUAUGUAUCUAUAGUUAAAUAUGAUAUAUAAUUAAUUUUAAUGGGAAUCUUUGGUUUCAUUAAUCUGUUAUUUGUUCCAGAGCAAACAGAUUUUACUGAAGGCAACGUUUCAUAACUUAUGUCACAAAAACUUUAAGUUGCUGUUGUACAGUAUAUGAGCAAGAGAAUCUUGUCAAUAUGGAAUAUUAAUGUACAAUAAAUCAGAUUUUGUAUUUUUUUAAAAAUCAGUUUUAA